AUGCAAAACAAAACGUCAACACCGAAACGAAAUCGAUUAGAAGUUAGCGAUGGUCAUAUUGGAGGUAUAAAACGGCAGAAUAAUCAAACUGUGAACCGUUUUGAUCGCCAAGCAUCAUCACCUCCACUACUUCCACAAAGACAAUAUAAAGUGCCGUUCGAACAAAUGAGGCUCGCAGUGGCACAUAAUCUACCGUGUUUCACAAUCAACUUUACAGACAAAGCCAGAAAACUGUCCGUGGUUUAUAUCGCUGAACAACUAACUGUACGACUAUUUUAA